UUUCUGCCCUCCCACAGUGGAGGAAGGACGGGCUCGAAGAUGGCGGCGCCGGAGGAGCGGUUGGUGUCGGACGGGGAAGGCAGUGCGCUGGGCUCGGCGCGGCUCUCCCCGCCCACGGUCUCGGAGCCUCACGACUGCCUGGCGCCCAUGGAGCUGCCUCCUCAGAGCAACACGCUCAUGGGGUUGCCCAUCGUGGCGAUCGAGAGCAUCCUCAGCUUCCUGUCCUACGAUGAGAUAAGCCAGCUCCGCCUGGUUUGCAAGCGAAUGGACUUGGUUUGCCAGAGGAUGUUAAAUCAGGGAUUUCUGAAAGUGGAAAGAUACCACAACUUGUGUCAAAAGCAAGUUAAAGCUCAGCUUCCAAGACGGGAAUCAGAAAGAAGAAACCAUUCAUUAGCACGUCAUGCAGACAUCCUUGCUGCUGUAGAAACAAGGCUCUCUUUGUUAAAUAUGACUUUCAUGAAGUAUGUGGAUUCCAAUCUCUGUUGCUUCAUACCUGGAAAGGUAAUAGAUGAAAUUUAUCGUGUGCUAAGAUAUGUAAACUCUACAAGAGCUCCUCAGAGAGCUCAUGAAGUUCUCCAAGAACUAAGGGACAUUUCCUCCAUGGCUAUGGAAUAUUUUGAUGAGAAGAUUGUUCCAAUACUGAAAAGAAAGAUGCCUGGGUCAGAUGUAUCAGGACGGCUGAUAGGAACUGCCCCAGGAUUUAGGAAUCAUCGUUGUAAAAGACGGAAAGUAAAAUGUGUUCUUCCAAAAAUUCCAGGACCUUCUGCUGCACUGACAACAAUGCAGCUUUUCUCCAAGCAGAACCCUUCAAGACAGGAAGUCACUAAACUCCAGCAGCAAAUAAGAGCAAAUGGCACAGGCUUGACAUCGUUAAAGCGUGAAAUCUCAGAGCUUCGCAUCAAGGUGCAAGAGCAACAGAAACAACUCCAAGAUCAAGAUCAGAAACUGCUUGAGCAAACCCAAAUCAUAGGUGAACAGAAUGCCCGAUUGGCUGAGCUUGAACGCAAGCUGCGAGAUGUGAUGGAGAGCACAGUAGGAAAUUCUUCAGGGUCCAGCUCAAAUGAACAAUCUCCUAGAAAACGGAGGAAGACGGUUGAAUCCACAGACUGUCCUAGGAAAUCUAAACGCCUUCGAAACAGAAAAUAACUUGGGAGUAAACAACACUUUCAGGAGGAUACACUUAUCUUUAGUAGCCCAAGCAGGUCUGCUUGUUUGUGACUAGCUUCAUGGUGUCACUUAGGCUGCUGGUUCUUCAAAACACCACUUAGACUUGAACAGUAAUUUUCUUUCAUUGAGACUUUUCCCCUGCUAUCUGUAUGGAUGGGCCUAAUGCACAAAAUCUUUCAGAUUUGCAACAGUUACAUACUAACCAGACCUGCUCUGUUAUGUUUUGAGAGGGUAACUUUUUUUUGUGCCGAUGUGUUUAAAGUAAACUUAUUUGUGUUUAUGCAUAUGUUCAAAUAAAAACCUUAAAUAAAUUCAGUCUUAACUGAUUAAAAAGUUAAGCAUAAAAACAAAUGUCCUGUUCACUUGAAGCAAAGAUCCAUUUGUAAAAUCUUGGUUUAGAGAACUUGAACUUUUUUUGUUAAAAGUGACCUUGUCUGGAAUGUCUGAAAAGUAGUUAAUACUUUUGGGGGGUCUCUGUAACAAGUAACACUGACUUCUUAAGCUACAGUAUUGGCUAUGUAUUUUUGUAAACUUAAAAGGAAAGGCCUCUGUCUGGUCUUCACAUGCACACCCCGUGGAUGUUGGUCUUGGGAGUCAUAUUCCACAUUUGCAUGGAUUUAUGCAUGUGCAGCUUAGUCAGCCUACCAAAAGCAUUUGCCUGAAGUUGUUCAGAACUCUGGGAGAGAGCAGAGACCUAUAAAGCAAUUUCUUUGUUCCUCAGCCAUAGCUUAGUAUCUGCUUUCUGACAAUGAUGUGGUCUCACCCAGGUGAGUUUGAACCCCGGUGCUCUCCCUCUCUCACUGCCUGUAAAUCACAGGUACGGUUAGGCAGAGCUGGGGAACUGAGAUCACUUGAUUCACAGGCCAACAUUUAAUCAGUAUCAAAUUGUCCCCAGAAUACCCAAGCUCAGGGGGACAUGUUUGAAUGAAAUUCUGUAUUGUGGAAAAACUUCAACUAUUAUGUGUGUAUGUGUUUGGGGUGGGGUGGAAAUUUCUCUGUAACGCUGAUGACAAUAUUCUACAGUUUCCUUAUCCGAAAAAGUAAAUCACUUCAGACAAAGCUUUAAUUUCUUUUGCACCUCUGUUUUGAGCUUGUAACUGGAAAAGCAUGUCUUGCACUGUUCAGUCUCUCUGAUCACCUUAACAACCUCAGAGUUGUGUACAGUGAUUUAUUUUUUUUCCCCCAUCUGUAUAUUUUUGGAACUUUAUACAAAUACCAUUGUCCUUGUUUUUGUUUUAAUGUACUAAACUAUGUAGCUUUA